CGCAGACGGGGCUCGGCUGGGAAUGUUCUGCUCGCUUCCCAUUCUUCCAGCGCAGACAGACACACAACAUGGCGGACUAGAACAGUCGGCCGACGCGCCCGGAUACAGCGUUUAAACGGCGGGGUUUAGCGUACAGGGAAGGCAGAGAGGAGCACCGCCCGACCCACCGGCGACACCGACACCAACACUGCCCGCCGCGGCUCUGUAUAUGGAUGUAGCUGGGGGGGAAAGCUGCCGGUGAAGUGUUGGGAGCGAUCCCGGGAUCGGCUCUCCUGAUCCCCGCAGCCCGCUCAGCCCGCUCCCCUGGGUGUGGAGACCCGGGCCGGGGCUGGAACCCGUGAAGGACCGGGAUAAAUCCCGUCCACCCCUCCGCGGGUUUCCUCUGGGCGCUGUCGGAGUUCUGGAGAGGUGCACUCCAGCCCAACUCAGCAGAGGUAGACGAGAUGUGUCGCAUGAACUACCUGAGGACCAGACUGUGCGAAUGAGUAAUUGAUGCAAACUUCUCUUCUUCAGGGCAGAAUGGGUGUGUGUCCCCUGCUCCUGCUGCUUGGUGUUGCCCUUGGGGCUUCCGCCCAGGAUCAAGUCUCCACCACGGGUCCUUCAAAUGGAUCUACCAAACCCACAGACCCCCCUGCCACACACUCCCCUAACCUGACAGUCAAAGUUAUAGCACCCUUCACACACGCAGCGCUUUCCCCUACAGUCACCACACCCACAACUGUAAGGACAAAUGCCACCCCGACCUCGAGCCCAGCUGGUGAGGGGGGCACCCAAGUCUCUGGCCCCAAAAGCAGACAAUUGGUUCCAGUUUCCUCCUCCCCCCUUCCCGCUCCUGCUGAUGCCAGUGAGGCACCGCCAGGCACCGUGUCUCCGCCUUCUCCCACCCCAACGGAGAACAGCGAUGAAAGCACAACGUCGGCUCCAGACGUUUCACCUGCACAGAACUCCACCGAUGUGAUUUUAGAGACAACCACAGAGGCAAAGCAGAAGUUUACUUCAGACAGCCCCCCACACGACGAGUCCGAUGAAAUGCCAAUCAUAGCCGUGAUGGUGGCCCUGUCCUCCCUGCUGGUUAUCAUCUUCAUCAUCAUCGUCCUCUACAUGCUCAGAUUUAAGAAGUACAAGCAGGCGGGAAGCCAUGCGAACUCCUUCAGACUGACUAACGGCAGGUCAGACGACUCAGAAUUCCAGACUGUGCCGCUACUGGCUCGCUCACCCAGCACAAACAGGAAGUACCCACCCCUUCCAGUCGACAAACUUGAGGAAGAAAUGAACCGUCGCAUGGCUGAUGACAACAAGCUCUUCAGAGAGGAGUUCAAUGCUCUGCCGGUCUGCCCGAUCCAAGCAUCAUGUGAUGCCGCUUCCAAGGAAGAGAAUAAAGAAAAGAACAGAUAUGUCAACAUCCUGCCAUACGAUCACUCCAGGGUGCAUCUCUUAUCUCUGGAAGGAGUCCCCGACUCUGAUUUCAUCAACGCCUCAUUCAUUAAUGGGUACCAAGAUAAGAAUAAGUUCAUUGCAGCUCAAGGACCAAAGGAAGAGACGGUGAAUGACUUCUGGCGGAUGAUCUGGGAGCAGAAUACAGUCACCAUCGUCAUGGUGACCAAUUUGAAGGAGAGAAAAGAGUGCAAGUGUGCACAGUACUGGCCGGACCAGGGCUGCUGGACAUAUGGAAACAUUCGAGUCUCUGUAGAGGACACAGUGGUUCUAGUGGACUACACGAUCCGCAAGUUCUGCAUCCAACAGGUUGGAGACGUCUCUGGGAAGAAACCUCAAAGGCUGAUCACCCAGUUUCACUUCACCAGUUGGCCAGACUUUGGGGUGCCCUUCACUCCCAUCGGCAUGCUCAAGUUCCUUAAGAAAGUCAAAGCCUAUAACCCCUUUUACGCCGGGCCCAUUGUUGUUCAUUGCAGUGCCGGCGUAGGGAGGACGGGCACUUUUAUAGUGAUCGAUGCCAUGUUAGACAUGAUGAACAAUGAGAGGAAGGUGGACGUGUUUGGCUUCGUCACCAGGAUAAGAGCCCAGCGCUGUCAGAUGGUCCAGACUGAUAUGCAGUACGUGUUCAUCUUUCAGGCUUUGUUAGAACACUAUUUGUACGGAGACACAGAGCUAGAGGUGACCUCGCUGGAGUCUCAUUUGGCCAAGCUCUAUUCCCCCUCUCCUGGGGCGGGUGGCAGUGGCCUGGAGGCUGAAUUCAAGAAACUAACAUCCAUCAAGAUUCAGAAUGACAAGAUGAGAACAGGCAACUUACCUGUCAACAUGAAGAAAAAUAGAGUCCUACAGAUUAUUCCAUACGAGUUCAACAGAGUGAUCAUUCCAGUCAAACGAGGGGAAGAAAACACAGAUUAUGUCAAUGCCUCCUUCAUUGAUGGCUACCGUCAGAAAGACGCAUACAUGGCGAGUCAGGGGCCGCUGCAGCACACCAUAGAGGACUUCUGGAGGAUGAUCUGGGAGUGGAGAAGCUGCUCCAUAGUCAUGCUCACUGAGCUGGAGGAGAGAGGACAGGAGAAGUGUGCUCAGUACUGGCCCAGUGAUGGGACAGUGGUCUCUGGGGACAUCUCCAUUGAGAUUAAAAGGGAGGAGGAGAGUGAGAGCUAUACAGUGCGUGAACUCCUGGUCACCAACAACAGGGAAAACAAGGCUCGAGCCGUGCGUCAGUUCCAUUUCCACGGCUGGCCAGAGGUGGGAAUCCCUACAGACGGUAAAGGAAUGAUCAACAUAAUCGCUGCAGUGCAGAAGCAGCAGCAGCAGUCCGGCAACCACCCCAUCACCGUGCACUGCAGUGCUGGGGCUGGUCGGACUGGGACGUUCUGCGCGCUGAGUACAGUUCUGGAGAGGGUGAAGGCAGAAGGCAUCCUGGAUGUUUUCCAGACGGUCAAGAGCCUCAGACUGCAAAGGCCCCACAUGGUGCAGACACUGGAGCAGUACGAGUUCUGCUACAAAGUGGUCCAGGAGUAUAUCGAUGCUUUUUCCGAUUACGCCAAUUUUAAGUAGGGGACCUGCCACGGAUGGAUGGAUGGAUAUUCACGUACAUUCACCCGAGCUUAAGUGCGUACCAGAAAACAUGCCAACAUUAACAAGCAGAGAGCUGCUUACUCCCCAUCUGUUGGAUUGUUCAGAAACGCUCAUCUCUACUUGAUCUGUGGAUGGGAUGAACCGCCCACGGGAAAAGGGAACACAGGUCUGCGCCCGGAGGACAGGGCAGUGCAGUUGGACACAGAAAAUAACUGAGAUGCCUUCUUGAAUAUUUUGUAAUGAUGUUAAUACAGCCUGCCACCCUUAUUUUCUUUACAUCUUCACCCUAAAUAUGUAUAUAAACUUACUGUGUUACAUUUUAUUACUUUGGUUUUAGACACAGUUUUGAGUUUUGCUGCAUUUUCGAGUGGCACCUGUAAUGUAUUUUAUUGGUAUAUAAAGAUAUCUAUAUCUCUAUAUAUAUAUAUAUAUAUAAAUAUAUAUAUAUGAAUAUAAAUCAAUUGUUUUGGUGGCUAAUGUUGCAACAUCAAGUCAAGAUAAUGAUGUUUUGGAUUCUUUUUUCUUUUUUUUUUUCAUUUUGUAACUUUUUUUUAGGGACAGGGAUUUAAAAUGCGUUUGACUUUGCCUGAGCCUCGCUGUAGCGACACGUGUGGUAGCAGAAGUUUCUCCAUUAAUCCUGGACUGUUUACCUCCACCAGACGUUCAUACACACCUACACACACACACACACACACACACACACACCUACACACACACACACACACACACAUGCAGUCAAAGCUAUUUUCUGUACACAAAAUCGCUUCCAUCGACUAAAAAACGUUCUUCAUUCGCAGUUGACGUUCAGUUUCUCUUUAUUUCAGGAGUGCAUAGGUCAGUUAUGAUUGGAGAUCAGCAUCUCUGUGGCACGGCUCACAGUCUCAGGCUUUCACUCAGACACAAACCCAUAACCUGGAUAUCAAGAGCCAUUGGGUAUUUAGAGCGCGUGUGUUUGUGCGUGUGGGUGAUCUGAACUAUAAGCUGGCAGAGGAGGCCGCGUGUUUCCAUCAAUGUGGUCUGUCCACCACGUGCCAAAGCCCUUCAUUCAUCUAGCUGGUGUAGCUGCGAAGUUUUGAGAAACGACCAACCGUGUUUUGACAUUCUGAACAGAGAUGUUUAACUCUCCACAUUUCUGGACUACAAUGGGAAUUUGGGAAAGUUUAGAAUAAAUACUGGAUUUUUGUCCUCCCCAAGUAGAAGAUGAGUCUGUUACAGUAUUGACCAGCUGUGUUGAUCGUGUCGACGCGCCGCAAACACGGUUGGACCUAAUUCAAAAAUGUAUCACAGAAAUGAGCAAAUCCCCCCGGCAUGUUGGUUUACAGACGCAUGGCAGUGUUUCUUUCAAACUUUGUGGAGCCUUUAUUCUUUUUAUGGGUUUACCUUGAGUUAGCUGGGGGUUUUCUGCAACCUGUUUUUUCUUUUUUCAAUAUAUCAGCAUCACAUCACUAAGCCUUUCACUCCGUUAGAUGACAGUACCUAUUUGUUUCCCCACACGAACAUUGAUGCGGAAGGAAAAAAAAAAAAAGCUGUUGCUUAUAUAUUUGUCAGAAUGGAUAUGUUGUUACUUUAAUGCGAGAGGCCUGUCAUGCAGCUGAUGCUCAUAUAUUUGGUUUCUUUUUCCUUUUUUAUGGAUGUCCUGUGGGAGCCACAGUGUUUUUAUUUCAGCUGAGGUCACUAUUGAGGCCGUGGCCUUCAUGAUUGUAAUGAAAGAUGAAUGAUGUCAGUCAACAGCAGGGUCAGUCCUAAUUUCAGCUCAGACAAAGACUGAUGCUCGCAGCGUUUAAAUUCCUUUUCUUUUUUUUGUAUUUCACCUUGAGUUUAUCUCCAUGAGUGGUAAUAGCUCCCACCAAAGUAAAGGUAUUAGAAUAUAAUCCUUCAGUUGGAUUUGAAUAGAUUUCAUUGUAUUAAAACUAAUUUGAGGAACUUUGAACUUUUUUGUUAAUGUAGACUCAAACGGCCAAGGCCUCUACAUUUAUGCACAAUCUACAUUUCACUAACACUCCAUAUUUAUUACGGGAAUGAGCACAAUCAUAUUUAAUGUAUCGGCAGUGGCUGACAUUAAAGAGAACAUGCUGAAUUAUGAGAGAGGGGUGUUUUUAUCAAUGUUUUUUCUUCUUUUUCUUUUGAACACGCAUGCACUAUUUGCACCAAAAGCAAAGCCCUUACAAAACAGAAUCAUGAGAGAUUAGGACAGAAUUCUGGGAUCCUCAAUUUAGAUUAUGGGAACUGUGAUUGAAGCUUGUUUGUUUUUCUCGAAGCCCCAACCGAUGCGCUCUGAAAAGCCCUGGUACGGGCUUGAAGUAGCAGAUAAUUUAUUUGACCGAUCACUGAAACAGUUGGCUGUUUGUGCAUCCUCCUCUUCAUGUCAGGUCUUUCUUUCUUUCCAAAGCCCCACAAGUGCCCGCACUCAUAGUUAAGUGCCAUCGUGCUCGUCCUUCAUUUGCAUUGCCAUUUACUGGUUCUUUAGAUGGUUGAGGAGAAGCUGGUAGCUGCGCUGUGCGGGCUUCCAUCUCAUGGCUUUGCUGUGUGUGUUGGUACUCUGUGAUCGCGAUGUCUCGGUGCAGUUUGACAGCUCAAUGUGACACUGUGCCAACUCAUGAGAAGUUGUUCAAACUAAGAAGUGCCUCACUGGAAGGUUUUCAAAGAAAGUAGUUCUCCCAGAUUCACCCUGAGUGGUGGAACCAUAGUCCCCCUGUGCAUUGUCUUAGCCCCCAUGCAUUUCUGCUAUAACUAUAACUUGCAGACCAAUCAAAAGUCCUUUUUGCGUGAGGCAAAUCAAGGAGGCCUAAACAAACACUGGGUCGGUUGUUCUUCCCUUCAGAUUCCCUUUCUUUCCGUGUACGGGGAUUUCUGGAUUGUGCGGAUCAAAUUAACAUUGAGGCCUCUUUGGAAUUCAUUAAACUUUAAUGUAGUGGUUUCAUUUCAUUCCUUAUCACUUGAAUGUGGAUCCAUGACAAUCAGUUGUGAGGUCCUAAAUUUCUAAGGGGGAAAAAAACAACCAGGAGUUACAUAUUUUUCCUUUGACAAAUAUUUGUGAUCAUGAAAGCAAGGUUUCCCCCGCGUGUCCCCUUUAAUCCUGAGAGUUUUGCCCCAACGGGGCAUUUUGCAAUGCUCCAGUAAAAUCAGACACGAGUCCAUGUCUAGAAAGGCGGGCUGCAGAAAAGUAAAUUCCGAUGUGUAUGUCCUUGCAGCUUUUGUACGUCCUGUAUGUCUCCUGUCAAACUGUUCACCGCUGUCCACUUUUGACUUACUUUCACUUCGGACCAUUUUCCUUAGUCGACCUCCUCCCCUUUUGUACAUAUUGUAAGGUUAUUUAUAUUUCAUUCCUGCCCGCUGCCUCGCUUCUUAGAAUGUCUUCUACCCCACCCUUUUUUCUUUCUUUUUUUUUUUAAAGAUGUAUAUUGAACUGUAUUGGGGACCAUUUUCAGAUGUUUCAGAUGUUUGUUUUUUUUUUUUGCUCAUUUUAAUUUGCUAUAAUUGUCUUAAACAACAUUUUUUUUGCUGGGUUUUUGCGUGUUUUUUGUUAUUCAACAUUUGAAUAUAUGUAUAUAUAAUUAUAUAUAUGAUGAAAUUAUAUAUAAUUAUAUAAUGCCAAAUGGCCUUUCUAAGCAAGAUACUGUCAAAACCUAAUAAAG